AAAAAAGGCACUUAUUUUUUCGGAAGUGUUCAUAUUAUUAAGGUUGAUGCCUGCUAAGUAGAAAUCGAAUAAAAAGGACUCUGGAAAUUUAGAUAAACAGACAGACAAGCAGACAAAAAGUGAAACACGAAAAGCUACUUCGCCAUUAUACACAAAUAACACACAGUUAAAGAUGUCGUACCUAACAUUGUCAAUUCGAACAAAUCCUUUUGAACUAUUGAGAAGUCAAAAACAUGCAAUAUCUGAAGUUAUAGAUGUAUUGAAAGAGAUUAAAGUACUGCAGAAAACAUCCGACGCUUCUCUGUGUAUCAAGGAUGAUCUAAAGAAGUGCUCAUUUCAAAUACCAAAGCUUGUCAAGGUGCGAAGUAAUCUUGAAAAAUGCAUUAACGGAAUUCGUCACAUAGAAGCCCUGGAAGAUCACUUGUCGCAGCAGAAAGAUAUGCCAUCAUCAUCGGCUUCGGUUAGUAUUAUUCCAAAAGUUCUUGUCGUUAACUAG